GUGUAAAGGUAUGUAGCAGGGUAAUUGGAACGGAAAAUUAACCGAUAUAUAUACACAACUGGCUUACCGUGUUACCUGAUACGAUACUACAAGGCUAUUCUAAAAAUAGACAUUCGUGUUGAAGCUAUAAGGUUAUAGAUUUUCAUAUGUGUGUGUACGUAAAUACCAAGGGAACUGCUUAUGUCUCCAUCUCCGAAAGCAAACGUAUGUGUGACGUGGUUAUGAUACAGUUAUAACCAUGACAUAGUAGUAUAACGUGAAGAAGUUUCCAGAAUUUUCCCGGGAAUACCCGAGUUGUUCCUGAGAUGCCUCGACGGACAGGCAGCGCCGGCAUCUUUGCAAUAUCAAUAGCACUAAUGGUUUACCAUACAGAUGCUGCCGAUUCAGUUACACUGAGCGAACUAGUUUGUGACUCUCAGAUUUACGAUAUAAAAGAUGGUGACUCUUUGUUAAUAAAAUGGGAUGGAACUGAACUCCCUAAGUACUGUCGCCUUGGAUUCGAGGCUCCAGACACCAGUUCCUGGACAUGUUUCAAUAUAGAAAAAUUUCGUCUGUACAACUGUAAAUUUUAUAUUGAAAUAUAUAAAAAUUUUGAGAAGUACUCAUCAAAGAGAUAUGACUGCAGUUCCACAGACAUCGACGAUGAGUACUGCUUACAAUCCCAGAAGAUAACCUACCUCAAGUUUACCUACAACCAUACCGGAAUCGCCUCGUUUAGUCCACAUGUUAGACUCUCCGUCAGCGUUCAACAUAAAGAGGCCGAUGCCGUUGCUUCACCUGAAGUUUCAGGUUUCAAUGUCCUUCCUAUCAUACUGAUUCUUGGUGUUGUCGGAGGAGGCGGUGCCUUGAUAAAACACAAGCACGGCUUGACGUGUUUACGCGAGACACUGGGAGCUUUAUGGGAAUGUCUGAAUGAUAGUGUGUGUUGUAUCAUAAAAGCUGUAUCAUGUGAAUCGUCCAGAGCAGUACAGGAGGACACAUCUAGAAACAGAACUGAACAUACUGAUAUAGCCAUUACGUUCGAACCUGGCGUGACAUUGUCUCGUCACAACAGCAUGCUUUCACUUGGCAUUCUAGCGAGUGUGAUACCAAACAAUUCAAACAAUAGAUCACGUGCAAAUGACAAUGCAACUGAGGACACGUCGAGAAACAGAACUGAAGAACCGUUUUUACCUUCUUCUGAUACUGAAUCUUACACGACUCUAUCAGAAGACAAUAGCCUUCUAUCGCUAGACAUUGAUGAUGGGUUUACAGAGGAGCCCUUGGACCCUUCCACACCCCCUACCGAUAAUAUAUAUGAUCCACCUUCUUACGUUGUCCCUCUCCCUGAUUCGAUUGCAGCUCCUCGAACACUUGCUGUCAACGAUAUAGUUGAUCCUCCUCCUUACGUCGCCCCGCCCUCACCCGAGGAACCGCCUCCGUCCUAUUAUGACGUAGUGACAAUGAAUAAAUAGACUGAUGAAUUGACUAUUUCAUACAUGUCAGCAUAUAUUGUGUAAUAUCAAAAUAUAAUUUACUUAGUAAUAUUAGGUGUGAAAAUGCGUGAAAAAGGUAUGUGCUUUUAGUUAGUGAAUUGAAUAAAAAACUUAAUGUUUCCUAAGUUAACUGCCAUGUUUGAUACUGAGAGGUAGAUUCAAAAGGGGGAAAUAAAUUUGUAACAUAACUUCAAAUAAGACUGUUUCGCCGUUAUUACUGAAAUAUCCAGAUGAGAGAUGCAGAUCCUCUCUGACCUUUUGUUACUAUAGGAAAGCGAAGUAGAUAUGUUUUCUGCCCAAAUCUUAAAAUGUGGUUAAUCUCUCCUAAAAAAUAUUUUGUUUUUUUUGUUAGUUUGUUUAUUUAUCUGUCAUUGUGGUAUAUAAAUAAUAAACUCUACAGUGUAAAGGUAUAUACAUAUGUGUAAUUGUUUAAAUGCAUGUUAGGUAUUAGUUAUUUAUUGAUAUUCCAGAUAGAGUGCAUCCAUAAUUGAAAAAAAACUCUCAGCAAAUCAGAACUGAAUCUGAAAUGUGGAAAUCUUCCAUUAACUGAUGCAUACUACACUGAUACAAUUGACGAUUUGUGUUGUUUAUUAAAACGUGUUAAGACAAUUUUUUUUUAAAUUUCAACUAUGUAUUGUUGUAUGAACAUGCAUUAAUGGUGAAUGGUAUUGAAACUUCAAUACUUUUUACGUAUGAACUAAUACGAGCGUAUCUAUCUUCGGAUUGCAAUAUAUUGCAAAUAUUCAUUUUUUUAAAUUUAAAUUAGACAAAAAAUUUGAGUUGCCAAUAUGGCGUUCAUUAAGUUGAACAAUGUUUAUAAGUUCCAUGUAUGAAAUUUAUCUAGUUUUAAACCUUUUCUUUCUGGUGCUUUAUCUGUAAUAUGGUGUUAUGCUUUAUACUUAUACAAUAUAAUGUGAUUUUCCGCCAACAGAAUAUUCUAGUUUUGUCUGCGAUAAAAAUAAAUCUUACAGUACCAUUAAACAUAAUGUGAUUUAUUGUUCUUUUGGAAAUCAAAUGUUCUUAUUCCUGAGACAAUACGAACAUCUGUUCUCUAAGAAUUUUGUUGAUGUACUCGUUUACAACCACUCAUUUCAACAACCAAUAGACAUGUUUAUGGAUUGGAUUCUCGGAGGAAUCAUAACAUGUCUAAAAAACGUUUUGCAUCUCCCGUGCAACGAUACUCAUUAUAUAUACAAUAAUACCACUAAUUACACAAUCGAUCAUCAAAAUUGUUUAUUGUUAUUUAGAUAUAAAAACAAUUGAUUGUUGUUUUGUCGACGCAUUUUCCAACAUGGCGCUUGGCAUACUAACUUACUUUGAGCACCUGGAUUUCCCUCGUACAUUUUUAGGGUAUUUGUGCUUAGUCAUAUUGUGCUAGUUUUCCACUCGUUUUAUCGAUCUUUAGUUGAAAUUCAUUAUUAUUUGUUUUCGUUGAUAAAGCCCUUUGUUUUGACUCCCGUAUUUACAAUGGCUUUGUUUCAUUUUGGCAUCCAAGUUAUUGCGGUCCUUGUUUGGUGGCGUUGUUUUUUUUUUUCAGUUGGGUCGUUGUUUUUCCUUGAAAUGUUUUGAUAUUUAGUUUUAGGCAAAAGGGAAACUCUUCGCCUUCUAUUAUAUAACCCCGCAAGAUGUCUUAUUUUUAAAUUUUUACACCAUUGCUUCAUUUCUUGCGAUAUCUCUUCCCGAGUUUUUUUUUGAACACAUUAAAACUAUCAUUAUACUAUCUAUUCACCAUUUCCCCUUAUCCUACUUUGUCUUUCCGUCACAUUUAAUACUAACUUUCCUUAUAUCGUUAAGAAUGCGCCCUUUUAAUAAUACUAUUGAUUUUAUAAUGAUUUCCUGAUAUAUAGGGAAAAACUUUCCGUCAAUAUAUACAGCCGACUAACACUGAUAUUAACAGAGCUGAAAUCUUACCCCCGAAACGUCUGGCUUUUAUUUUAGAAGGACGUUUAAUACAUUACUGUAAUUAUAUAAGAUAUAUUGAAUUAGAUAUAUUUCCCUAUCAAAAUAUCUGUUUUUAGCCUAACUUAAUCACACUGGUUUCAUUGACAAAUUGCAUUUUCUCGUAGUCCAAAGUCACGAAUGUUUUAUUUUCAAUAGAAUAGGCUGCAGGCACUAUGUACGGGUAGGGGGUAUAAAAGACAUGGAAAAUCCAGAUAAAUCCAAUGGAAAAAGAAGUGUGAACAAAAUAGAUUUUCAAAAAUUGAUCAACUGACGCCAUUUUGGUAAACAAUAUUGCCAUUCGAAAGAGUAGUCUUUAUGCAUUUAGAAUAUAUAGUAGAUGAUUGAUUUAGCUAUGCAUUUAACAAAUUUCUGUCUCUCUGUACGUGUUCGCAUUUUACCUUUGAUUUAUAAAGUUUGAGUAAAAAAAGUUUUAUAUGUAUAUCGAUAUUCUCUGCUUGAUUUUAAUACAUUCAGUCAGACAGGAUUGUCCUGUUAAGUUAAUGUCAUGUUUCCAUUUAUAAUUAUUUUACAAUGAUGUGCAUGUCGUUUCUCUUGUUUGCUUGUAAAUCUUAUACUAAUGGUAUUAUGUAGAGGAUGUUAAUUAGUUCUUUUGUAAAUGUUUGUAAUUAUAUUUUGAACUGUAUUUUUCAAUGGCAUGCAAACAAUGAGAAUUUCUCACGGAGUUGACCCAUAGGUGCCAUUAGUGUGGAGUGGCGUAGUGAAUCAACCAUUGGUAUCCGACGAUGGGUAUUCUUGACAUACUCAUUGAAUAGGUUUGAGGGCUUGGAUUCAAUCGGAUAUAUUUUAUCAUUACGGCUUAACUAUUUUCAAAGGAAAUUGCGUUAUCAUUGUGUCCUACGUGUUUACAUUAAUAAAUACUAUGUGAAGUUUUCAUUUCUAAAUAUUC